UCCCAAUUUUGCAAUUGUUUUGAACAUUCAUCGUUUUUCGCCGUAAUCUGAAUCUCGGCACUAGGAAUGGAUCAGUUCAGGCACUUGGGAAAAGUUCUGGGGUAUCUAAAGGCAUUAAUGGUAUUCAAAGACGAUAUUCAAAUCAACCAACGGCAAUGUUGUUUGUUAGUCGAUGUGUAUACUCUCGCGUACGAAGUGAUUGCGGAAGAGAUUAAAAAGAAUUUGAGGUUUGAAGAGCGACAUACGAAAUGGAAAGCUAUUGAAAGUCCAUUGAAAGAGUUGCACAGAAUCUAUAAAGAAGGUGCACAUUAUAUUCAACAGUGUUUAGAAAUCAAAGAUUGGUGGGCUAAAGCGAUCUCUCUUGAGAAGAAUACUGAUUGUAUAGAAUUCCACAUUCACAAUUUUUUAUCUUGCAUUCCUGUUGUCAUUGAAGCAAUCGAGAUUGCUGGAGAGAUUGCAGGGUGUGACCACGACGAGAUUCAUAAGAAACGGGUAAUAAUAUCAAACAAGUAUGAUAAAGAUUGGAGGGAUCCAAAGCUUUUCCAGUGGAAAUACGGAAGGCAGUACUUAGUUUCGCAAGAUAUAUGCAAUAGGUUGGACACAGUUUGGCGAGAAGAUCGUUGGUUUCUUCUGCAAACGAUUCGAGAAAUGAAAAGCUCGACAAAUCUUUCAAAGCAAGAACAACGGCUUGCUGAGAUACUUAUACGAAAGCUAGAUGAUACAGAACCUGAAGCUCUAUUUCAUAGUUCGUUCCUAGUAGGUUCCAAGGAUUUUCAGGUGAGGAGGCGAUUAGGAAACGGAAGCAGCCAAUAUAAAGAGAUUCAAUGGUUGGGUGAAAGCUUUGCGGUGCGUCAGUUUUACGGGAAUAUCGAUAAGUUAAUUCCUAAUAUAUCAUUGCUCUUGUCGAUUACUCAUCCAAAUGUAAUGCAUUUCCCAUGGGGAUUCUCUGAUGAGGAUAAGAAAGAGAACUUCUUAGUAAUGGAGCUUAUGAAUAAAGAUCUCUUCAGUUACAUCAAGGAGAUAUCUGGUCCAAGGAAGCGUUUUAUUUUUUCAUUACCUGUUGCAGUUGAUCUUAUGUUACAAAUCGCAAGAGGCAUGGAAUAUCUACAUUCACAGAAGAUACACCAUGGUGAUUUAAAUCCUUAUAAUGUCCUUGUCAGAACAAGGAAUCCUUUGUCAGAUGGGUACUUGCACGCAAAAGUCUCCGGCUUUGGUUUAUCUUCGAUUAAGAACUUUAACGUGCGUACCCCCACAACUCCACAGGAGACACACCCGCAUAUAUGGUAUGCCCCUGAAGUUUUAUCCGAGCAAGAACACUCUGGAGACAACUGUGCAUUUCAGUAUUCCGAGAAAGCCGAUGUUUAUAGCUUUGGGAUGAUUUGUUAUCAGCUUUUGACGGGGAAAGUUCCAUUUGAGGAUUUACAUGGACAGGGUGAUAAACUGAGUAGGAACAUAAGAUCAGGGGAGAGGCCGUCUUUCCCUUUCUCUCCACCGAGAUAUAUCACUUCCUUGACGAAGAAAUGCUGGCAUGCUGAGCCUCUUCAACGGCCAAGUUUCACAUCCAUUUGUAGAAUUCUUCGCUACAUAAAGAGAUUAUUAUUAAUGAAUCCAGACCAUAGCCAACCGGAUGCACCGUCACCGGUGAUGGAUUACUGUGACAUUGAGCAAGGACUUUCAAAGAAAUUCUCGGAGUGGGGAAGUCACGAUCCACGAGUCAUAUCACAGAUCCCGUUCCAAAUAUUUGCUUAUAGAGGUUUUGAGAAAGAAAGAAUAAUUGUGAAUUUUAGAGAAAGGAGUUCGGAAUCUGGAAGUGACGGAGCUUCAUUAUGUGGUGAUGAGAAUGGGGGUACAUUAGAAGAUCCUUUCACACAGAUAGCGGAGAUGCCUACAAUUAGCUAUGAGAGGACAGAUCCUGUUUUGAAGAAAACAUUUUCAGCAAAGAAGUUCAUGGAUGGAAAAAUCAGUAAACCAGGUACACCAAGUCCAAGAGGAAGAACAAGACCUCCACAAUUGACUAUUUGGGGUCGUAAUCUAAACAACGAAAGUAUAAUGAGCCCUAGCAGACGUAAAGCAUCUGGCCAUUCAUCAGAUUCUGAUGUUAUGUGACAGGUACACCUGCAAGCCCCAGGAUGGAAAACAAUACCUCCGCAAUUGACUAUAUUGAGUCGUAACCUAAACAACGAAAGUAUAAUGAGCCCUAGCAGACGCAAAGCAUCUGGCCAUUCAUCAGAUUCUGAUUUUCCAUAGAAUUUCUGUAAUCAGCUUUGUAAUCUAUCUUGUACAUUAGGUAGUUUUUUUUUUUUUUUUUUUUUGCAAUGUUAAAUAUGCUUGGAAUCAAUUCGACAGCUGAUUUUGAUGUCUCUGAAAAAUUACCUCUCACGCGGUUGGUGAUGCAUCUAUGAUUAUAGAAUGUUAGAAGAGUGGAAAGAUUGAGAGGAAUUUGUUUGAAAGAGUUAUGGCUUUGUGCAACGGUUGUCUUUGCAAAUGAAGUUAAUUUAAUACGUGUGUAUUAGAACA